GCGCUGUGGCCUGUCAGGCGGUCCCACCAAGCCGCCAUAGCCACCAGCCUUCCCGUAGCCGACGUCUCCGAUAUGGCCGAUGUGGAAGACGGCGAAGAGCCUUGCGCCCUGUCCUCUCACUCUGGGAGCGCAGGCUCCAAGUCAGGAGGCGACAAAAUGUUCUCUCUCAAGAAGUGGAAUGCGGUGGCUAUGUGGAGCUGGGACGUGGAGUGCGAUACGUGCGCCAUCUGCAGGGUCCAGGUGAUGGAUGCCUGCCUUAGAUGUCAAGCUGAAAACAAACAAGAGGACUGUGUUGUGGUCUGGGGAGAAUGUAAUCAUUCCUUUCACAACUGCUGCAUGUCCCUGUGGGUGAAACAGAACAAUCGCUGCCCUCUCUGCCAGCAAGACUGGGUAGUCCAACGAAUCGGCAAAUGAAAAUGGUGGAAGGCCCUCCGAGUGCAGUUGUCCAGAGCCCUGGGGGGUCCCCUUAUCAAGUGCCCUACAAAGGCGAGGACACUCAGGGGACUAGUUCUUCCAACAGAAGGUGAUGGAUCUUUGGUCUCUGCGGAUUCAUCAGAAGAAUUGGUUAGCAUUUUGUCCGUUUUAUUUUCUGAAAUUCUCUACAAUUAAGGAGAUAAUUUAUUAAAGAUGGUCUUUCCUGUCUCUGUGGUGUCUGUCACAUUGCUUAGAAGUGCUAUAAAGGAGGAGAGAACUACAAAUUGAGUGAUCUUUAUAAUUUACUUACUCGUAUCCAGGGGGUUUGGAAGCGGUUCCAUUCAGAAGAGAACUUUUUCCAUGCUUAUGGUCGAUCAGUUAAAAAAAGAUAAUGUUACAGUAACAAAUAAAGUGCAGUUUAAAACCCAACUUUUAUCCUUAAUUUGUUCCUGAUAUUUAUUUUAGGCAGGGAAGGGAAUGGUUCAUGAAAUAUUUAUUUGAUAUGACAAUUCUAAGUUUGGGCCAGUGGGCAGAGUAAAUACAGUUUAAUCUUUGGCCAUAGGGAAUUUUGAUUGUCUUUUAGGUUAUUGUCCUCUAUCCUUGACUCAUCAAAAAAAAACCCUAGAUUUGCACAGUCCACUGUCACUUAUUCAGUGGUAAAGGGCAGAGAAGUAUUCUCAAGUUUUAGAUUAUGAUAUAAUUUAACAGUAUUUUAGGUGGACUGUUAAUGAGCAGAAAAUGUUUACCACUAUAGCAUUGGAUCAAAAAAAUUUAUUUUAUUACGCAGUGUUUUUAAUAAAUGGUUUAUUCUGUUUACUUCAUUUGAAUUGUCAUUAUUGCAGUUUUAUGUAUAGCCUUAAACUUGAUGUUAAUAAACUCAUUGUCAAAUGAA